GCUGCUGCAGACUCACAGCGGCUCGGUUUCACUCUAGAGCAGCAUCAGCAAACAUCGGUCACCAUGGGGAACUGCUGCGACACCAUGUGCAACGCCAUCACUCCUGCGAAGAACACCAAUGUGCGAGUGAGUCUGCCGGCCGUCUGCUUCGUCUGGCAGAUCGCCAUGAUCAUCCUCUUUGGAGUUUUCAUACGAUACGAUGAAGAAUCCGACGCACACUGGUCCGAGCACAUGCAGUCGCACAACAUCACCAGUGACAUCGAGAAUGACUUUUACUUCAGAUAUCCCAGCUUCCAGGAUGUGCACGUCAUGAUCUUCGUGGGCUUCGGCUACCUCAUGACCUUCCUCAAACGCUACAGCUUCGGUGGAGUUGGCUUCAACUUCCUCAUCGCCGCCUUCGGCCUGCAGUGGGCUCUCCUCAUGCAGGGCUGGUUCCACGCUCUGGACCACACCACCGGGAAAAUCUCCAUCGGGGUUGAGAGUUUGAUCAACGCCGAUUUCUGCUGCGCCGGCUCCUUGAUUGCCUACGGAGCUCUGCUGGGGAAGGUCAGUCCGGUCCAGCUGAUGGUGGUCACCUUGUUUGGCGUCACGCUCUUUGCCGUGGAGGAGUACAUCAUCCUCGACCUUCUCCACUGCAGAGACGCCGGAGGCUCCAUGGUCAUCCAUUGCUUCGGAGGCUACUACGGCCUGGCCAUCUCCUGGAUCCUCUACCGACCCAGCCUACACCAGAGCAAGAACUUGAACGGCUCAGUCUACCACUCUGACGUGUUUGCCAUGAUCGGUACGCUGUUCCUGUGGAUGUUCUGGCCCAGUUUCAACUCCGCCAUCACCGAUCAUGGAGACGGUCAGCACCGAGCCGCCAUCAACACCUACCUGGCCCUCGCCUCCUCCGUCCUCACCACAGUGGCCAUCUCCAGCAUGUCGCAGAAGGGAGGGAAGCUGGACAUGGUUCACAUCCAGAAUGCCACCUUGGCCGGAGGCGUUGCCAUGGGAACCUCCGCCGAGUUCAUGAUCACUCCAUACGGUUCUCUGAUCGUGGGCUUUCUCUGCGGCAUCAUCUCCACCUUCGGCUACCUGUUUGUCACACCCUUCUUAGAGAAAUAUCUGAAGCUCCAGGACACCUGCGGGGUACACAAUCUGCACGCCUUCCCGGGGAUGCUGGGAGGUUUUACAGGCGCCAUUGUUGCUGCUGCUGCCACUAAGGCUGUCUACAGCGAACAGGGGUUGAUCGACGUGUUCGACUUUGAGGGACAAUACGCGAACAGAUCACCGGGAACCCAGGGCGGCUUCCAGGCUGCUGGGACAUGCGUCUCCAUCGCAUUCGGCCUUGUAGGGGGCGCCAUUGUUGGUCUUAUUCUGAAAAUCCCCAUCUGGGGCGACCCUGCUGAUGACAACUGCUUCGAUGAUGAAGUCUACUGGGAGGUCCCUGAGGAUGAGGAGAGCUUCCCCCCAGUGCUGGAGUACAACAACCACAUGAUUCACAAGCACCAAGACAUAUCUGAAUCCAACUUUUCAGUGGACCAGAGCUAAAGCUGAGAUCUGAGACUGGGACCUGAGGCGAUAAUUGACCAAGAAACGUGCAUGAGAUUACGCUGAUCCACCACUGGCUUUUGGUUCUGAACAUGGAUUCACCCUCUGGACCUUUGUAUGACAGAGGAGAUAUUAAUAACCGUUAAUUUAAGACAAUAAUCUGUGUACAUCGUGACAAUCAGGAAACCCAUAAUUGAAGUGAAAAGGAUUAUAAUGUUCAUUUUUGAUGUCUAUAAUAGCAUUUGAUGUUAGGAUCACUAUAAGAUUGGUGCGUUUGUCUGUAAAAUAUGAUAAGAAAUAUGAAUACAUGAAACUUAAUUUCCUUCCGGCGAUACUGAAGUUUGUUGAACAAGUUGUAAGUAGUGAGUUGCACCUCUUGAUAUGUGCUCUGUAAAUAUCACAAUAAUCUACCUUUUAUUGAUGUUAUGUGUUUCAUCUCUUCAAUGUGAAGUUGAAGUUAUUAAAGUAAUAAAGACAUAUAAACAAA